AUGAACUUGAACUGGCGCUAUGUGUACAGCCUGCUGGGCGUGCUGUGGCUGCUGCAACUACUGGUUGGGGCCGCCUUCAUCAUCCUCACCGCCAAGAGCGGGUUCUAUGGCCCUGUGUACUUCGCACUCUUCAUGUCUGCAUUCUUCUGCCUGACGACCCUGACCCUCUCCUUCAUCACGCUGCUUGACACAUACAGGGUGGAGGUCAACGUGAUUCACGUGAUUCACGACCUGCUGGCGGCCUUGCUAUACAUCGCCUUGAUGGGCAUCAUGAUCGACCAGACGCUGCGCCAAAGUUACUGCAACUUCGAGGGUUACCCGCUGCCCUGCGCCUACAAUGUCUUUCUUGGGGCCGCCGUCUGCGGAGGAUUCUGCCUUGGCCUCUACUUCUUCUCGGCAUGCUACCUAUGUUGGGCUUUGGACCAGUAG